AUGAUAAAUAGUUCGGUUAGUACAAGUUUAAAUUCAUACGAGAAUUUUGAUGAUAAUGAGGAAUUAAAAUUGUCAGGUCAAAAAAAAAUUGAUACAGACAAUUUUCAAAGUGAAAUUAAUCCAGGAAAUAUAAUAAAUAAUUUUCCUAUAAUAACCGGUUAUUACGGAGUUGUAUUGAGGAAAAAAAAGCAUCCAUUAUUCGGUUCAUAUUGGAAUAAGGAGUAUUGUUUAUUACAAUCAAAUAUUUUUGUAUGCCAUGAACUAAAAUAUCCAUAUAAAAUUAAGAAAAGUAUAUCAAUUGCAUCCAUAUCAAAAUGUGAAAUAUCAAAAAUGGACCCUUGUGUCUACUGUUUAACAAUAAAUAAUAAUGAACAUAAUUCCGGAAAAUCAGAAAUUUCACAAAUAAGAGGAUUUUCAUGUUUUAAUUUUAAAAAUAAAAAGAUUGAAAUAAUUAAAAUAAAGUGUACAUCAACUUUAGAUACUCAGAAAUGGACUCUUUAUAUUAAUAAUACACUAAAAAAUUGGAGAUCAAAUAAAAAUAAUGCAAAAAAUCUUUAUAAUGCAAAUCAAUAUAUUGAAAAAACAAUAGCUCAGGAAUUAUUUGAAAAGGUGAAUAGAAAGUUAAAAAAAGUAAUUAUUCAAUCAUCAAUAAAUAAUAUGAUUUUAAUAUUUAAUCAGAUUCAAAAAAGAAAUUUUUAUAAUAGUUUCUAUAAGAUUAAGAUUAACAGCAUUAUAAAUUUGAAUAAUAAAGAAAGUGAAUCAUCUAGAAGUACAAGUAAUUUAUCCACAUCAAAAAAUGAUUUUACAUUUAAAAAUGAUUUGUUGUUGAUAAAAAGAAGAAUUAUUUUAUUUAAAAUUGAACAAGGAUCAAAUCAUUUGAAAAGAAUCAUAAUUAAAAGAAUGUCAGAAUAUUGGGAAUUAUUUAAAAAUCAAAUAAAAAGUAAUCUUUUUAAUAGUUAUAGAGAAUCCGAAUUUAUGGAAAUACAUUAUAAAUUAAUAAUAAAAAGAAGAAUUUUUCUAUUUUGGAGAGAAUUACUAAGAAUUAUUUCAUUAAAAAAUAAAGACAAUAAACAAAAAAAAAGAAAAUCUGUGGAUUUAAUUAUUUCAACAGAUUCUACAGCGGCUUAUAACACAAAUGAUACACUUUUCCACUCUAAUUCAUCAUCAUUAAAAGAUUCUACUUUAAAUUUACUAUCUGAAAUGACAUUAUCUCCAACCACUAAUACAAAGAAUCCUAAUAAAGAAAUCUAUUGUAAACCAGAUAUAUUCAAAAACCAAUUAAAGCAAAAUAAAAUUAUAAAUAAAACAGAUAAUAAACGUCAAACAACACUAAAAACGUCAGCGAAAGGAAACAAUGUUCAUAUAAGGGACAUUUCUAAUAUCCGUAAAAAUAUCAUACAAAUUACUAAGCUAAAUUUUAUAAUACUUACAAAAGUAAAAAUAGCUUGGAAUCUUCUAGAAACAAAUCGUGUAAAAAGUAACGCCCUGCUAUCCAUUUACAAAUAUAACCAAAUUCAAUCCUUCUUCGAAAUAUUAGAGAGAAAUUGGAAAUCGGAGUUCUAUAGGGUUUUUCUAGUAUUAAAACAAAAGCAAUAG